AGGAAACAAAGUCUGCAGUACAAGAUCUGGGUCUGAAUUUACUUAUCAACAAUGCUGCAAUUUAUGACAGAUCAGAUAGUGGAGGCAUCAGAGUUCAGACAAGAGCAAAAAUGCAAUAUCACUUUAAUGUCAACACAUCUAGUAAGUUAAUGUAAUUUCUUUUUAAUUACUGGUACCUAACUGCUUUGCCUGUAUUUUUUGCUCUACAAAUAAAAUAUUUUUAGUGUGCAUAGAAAUUGGUUCAUAUUUUGUUCACACUAUAGUCCGGCCCCUAACAGUGUGUAAGUUCUAAGGGACAGUGAACUAGCGCUCUGUUAAAAAAUUUUGAGGACAAGUCAAGCCACAAAAGUGUUUCUUUGUUUUGAGUAGAUUUUAACUUGAACGAGAUGUCCUGCCUCCAUUAUUCAUCUACUAGACUGCGCCAGCUGCGUAACCUUCUAGCUGAUAGCUAUCUCCUUAGUAGUGAAAUUCUUGCACGAUGUAGAACACUUCAAUUAAUAAAAAAGAAAACUGCAAGAAGUUUUCGCGGGGGAAAAAGGAAGAUGAGAUCUCGUCACUCAGCUCCUUCCACCUCAACACCUGACCAUAUGCAUCAACCCACUUCUCCCCAGUUUGCCCUCAAAUAUACAAUGAAAGUAAAUUGGUCUUUUGAGACGCAGCAAUCGAUGCAUAUCCAUGUGGUGACAGAUGUGUUUGAACGCCUUCCUGUUCGUCCAAAGCGCGUACCAUGGGUCCCACUUGACUCCGGACGUAUUCGGCGCAGCAACGUCAUUGUCAUCAGCGGCCGCCAGAAGCUUCCAGACCAACUACGAGUAGGCCACUAUAACUGCCAAUCCGUGGGCUCAAAGUGCGGGGCGAAGCGAACAAAGAUAGUAGAGUUCGUAAAGGACGAAUUUGUUGACGUGCUGUUCCUGACGGAGACUUGGUUGAGGUCAACAGGGGAUGAUGCCAAGUGUGCUGACCUCACGCCACCGGGUUUCGAUAUUAAGUCCUUUCCGCGUGCUACGCGAGGUGGCGGCCUCGCUGUCAUUUAUCGUAGCCACCUCCCAGUGACUUUCACCUCCACAUUCCCAUUCCAGCACACCUCUCUAGAACUUGUUCAGUUCACCCUCAACACGCCCCACACUGUCAACAUGUUCUGCUUGUACCGCACUCCGCCCAGUAAGAAGAACAAGCUCCUAAACUCCACCUUCCUCUCUGAGCUCCCUGACCUACUUGACUACUGCAACCUGCUCCGUGGAACAAGUGUGAUCGUGGGCGACCUUAACGUUCACUAUGACGUCCCUACUGAUCCCUUUACUAGCAAGGUACUAGACAUCCUCACAAGGUUUAGUCUUGUCCAGGGCAUUAAGCAGCCCACCUACUAUCGCAGCGGCCACAUCAUCGACUGGGUGGUGUACCGUGAUGACGACAACUUGGUGGACAGCUGUACUGUGAGUCAUAUGCUCUCCUCUGACCAUGCAGCGGUGCUCACUACACUCAACGUAGUUCCCCCAAAGAACCCACCUGUCUACAGGACCGUGCGUGACAUAAACGCUAUAGACAGAGCAGCCUUCAAAGCCGGCAUUAAGACAAUGCUUCAAGGGCUAGGUGCUGAGCUCAGCGCUCAGCAUCUGGACGAUGGCCUCCGAGCACUUUUGGACGAGCACGCCCCUCCCAUGGCGCGACGUGUCCCGACUGGUCGCUCGUCGCCAUGGUAUGCAGGCGUUAGUGACCAACUCCGUCUGGCAAAACUCGUGCGAAGACGCGCUGAAAGACGCUGGGUAAAGACUGGACUGAGUGUCGACAGACAGAUCUUUUGGACAGCGAAAGAUGCGGUGGCAGAGAUUGUACAGAGGGCAAAGGAUGACUACUGGAGCUCAAAGGUCGAAUCCUGUGCAUCAACCAAGGCGUUGUUCAGCGCUAGUAACCGUCUCCUUGGCAACAGCAAGAAUUUCACCCUCCCUACCGACAUUGCACCAGAGCAACUCCCUGACGCCUUUGCGGACUUUUUCAUCACCAGGGUGCAAAUGAUCAGGGAGGAGCUAGACAGCGCGACCCCUACACCUUCCUCACCGUUCUCGGAGGACGUUAGUCAGACAGAAUCAUUUGAUAGUUUUCUGCCUGUGACUGAGGAUGAGGUGAGGCGAGUCAUCAUCAGGUCUGCUCCCAAGUCUUGUGCCCUCGAUCCUAUCCCCGUCCCACUGCUUGUAGAAUGCCUUGACGUCCUCCUCCCAGCACUCACCUCCAUCAUAAAUUCUUCGAUUCUCUCUGGCAUAUUCCCUCCCAUUUUUAAACGGUCGAUUGUCCUGCCCCUCCUAAAGAAACCCUCACUUGAUCCAAACACACUCAAGAAUUACCGCCCCGUCAGCAACCUCUCCUUUCUCUCAAAAAUCAUAGAAAAACUCAUACUCUCUCAGCUCUCUGGCUAUCUUCAUUCUCGCAAUCUCUAUCCUUCCUCUCAGUCCGCCUACCGACUUGGUCAUAGCACAGAAACAGCACUGGUCCGAGUCAUGAGUGACCUCCUGCGCGCGAUGGACGAUGGCAAACUCUCUAUUCUCACUCUGUUAGAUCUCUCUGCUGCAUUUGAUACCAUUGACCACCAGAUUCUUCUUGACCGCCUUCAUCUUUCUUUCGGACUUACUGGCUCAGCUUUAAACUGGUUUCAAUCAUAUCUUUCUGACAGAACUCAAAAAGUCUCUAUUUCCAACCGCUCUUCCAAACCUUCAGCCCUGUCUAUUGGAGUUCCUCAAGGAUCGGUCCUUGGGCCGGUCCUUUUCAUCCUCUACACUAAACCUCUAUCAUCUCUCAUUAGCCACCACUCAGUUUCCAGUCAAUCCUUUGCUGAUGACACUCAAAUCAGUGACUCUUGCUUUCCUGAUCAACUUGAUGCCACAAUCCUUCGCAUACAGGAGUGCGUGGACGAUGUAAAGCGUUGGAUGACUUGCAACAAACUGAAGCUAAAUGAUGAUAAAACGGAAAUCCUUCUCAUCCACUCUCAAAACAAACCUCUCCCUCCAUUCGCUCCUUCUUCUAUAUCUAUUGGCAACUCUGACAUCACACUCUCUCCCUCUGCCAGAAACCUUGGAGUCACGCUUACGGACACCCUCUCCAUGGACAAACAUGUCACGAAUAUAUGCAGAUCAGCAUAUAACGAAAUUAGAAAAAUCAGCACCAUUAGACACCUCCUCUCCUUUGAUGCCACAAAAACUCUCGUCUCUUCACUCAUUCUUUCAAAAUUUGACUACUGUAACAUUCUUCUCUCAGGCAUUCCUCAACACCACAUAGAAAAACUUCAGAAGGCACAGAACUCAGCAUGCAGACUCAUUUUUAAAUCAAAGAAACAUGACCACAUUCAACCACACAUGCGGCAACUCCACUGGCUUCCAAUAUCCUCUCGCAUCAAAUACAAGUCUGCCAAUCUUUGCUUCAACUCGUUCACUGACCCUCACUUUCCUGUCUAUCUCUCUGAACUGUUGCUUCCUUACAUCCCCACAAGACAACUACGUUCUUCCAUUGACAGUAGAACCCUCUCAAUCCCAAGAACUAAAACUAAGACCAUCGGUGAACGCUCCUUCUGCUUCCAUGGGCCCACGUUCUGGAACCAGCUCCCCUUCCAUAUACGUCAUAGUGAAACCUCGUCCAUUUUCAAAAAGUCCCUUAAAACUCAUCUGUUUAGGUCCGCCUAUGACCUGUGAUGCACCCUCCUUGCCCUACCUCAUUUUCUGUUUCGGGUUGAUCCUGAAGUGUCAAAGUGUCCUCGUUUUAUAGCCAUUUUCAUUGUUUCUAUAGAAUAGUAGUUACUAUCCUAGUGUCUCAUUUGUAUUUACUUAGUUUACAUGUUUUAAUAAUUGUAAAGCGCUUAGAGCUUUAUGAUAAGCGCUAUGUAAAAAUGCCUAAAUAAAUAAAUAAAUAAAUCUGUUUUUUUCUCAUUACAAUUACAAGCUUGUUUGAACAACAAAAGAGAUCAAAGUUCUUAUCAAAUUUAAUUCUGUUAGGCCCAAUUCUUGUGACCCAGAAGUUCCUGCCUCUCCUCCAACAGGCGGCAGCUCAGAGUACUUCCAAGCAAAUGAGCUGCAGUAAAGCAAGCAUUGUCAUGAUGUCCUCAAGAGUUGGUUCUCAGAAUGUUGCUUUUAAUGAUGGGCCUGAAGCAUCUUUGUCAUUGCACUACAAGUAAGGCUACUUUCAUAUUUUAUCUCUUCUCAAUAGAACUUUUUAACCCUAAACAAUCACAACUGCAAAUAAUUGCCCCUUUCUGUGGUGUCACAGCAGCCGCUAGCAAAAUCUAGUGAUUUAAUGUACGUUGGUUAAGGGGAAAUCACUCUAUAGAGAGGAGUUUGUUUCCUAUUUCCAUCUUUUUUGUGUGUAAACAUGCUUUUAUCAGGCCCUAUUUGUGAUUAAUCGGGAGUGAAAUUCACUCAAUUGCUUUGACUGCCCCUAUCUCUGAUGCUGGAGAGAGUUCCCCUUUAGACUGCAAAAACAACACAGACUUCCUUAAUUGGAAUUAUUUCAAAAGGAUUAAAUUAAAAUGAAAACACUUAUUUCAGAGAUAUUCCACAUGCUAGUAUUGAUAGUAUUAGCUUUAGCAGUGAUGGCGACAUUAGCUAUUGACAAUUUUAGCUCCAAGCAUAGUGGUAUUGAUGCAAAAGAAAAAUGCACUGGACGGACAUGGUGUUGAAGAUCUCAAAUUUUUUAACCCAGCUAAUGAAUAUUUAAUUCUUUGAAUGAAAUACCAUAAUUACAGCUUCAGGCCUUAAAAUGAUUCUUUAUAAUAUUUUUCUUUGUUUUUUUAAGGUGCUCGAAGUCAGCUUUGAAUAUGGCAACAAUAAUGAUUUCAAGGGAGCUAAAAGACAAUGGGAUAUUGGUGUUUGCACUGCAUCCUGGUUGGGUUAAAACUAAAAUGGGCACUGAUCGGGCACCACUUCAACCUUCUGAUAGUAUUAAAAGUUGUUUGGAGCUCAUUUCUGCUGCAGGUGAAGACAUUCAUGGUAGGCUUGUUACAAUUGAUGGUGAAGUUCUACCAUACUAGUUAAGUUGCUGUAGUGACCAAAAAACAAAUUGACAUUGAUUUCAUAACAUUAAAAUGGUUAAUGGUGUCCAAACAGAAGCUACCAGAUGUGUCCUGAUACAUCCCUCUCUGUUGAAUUGAUGCUGCAAUAAGCAGAGUUCACAUCCCUGAGACUUCUAACUUUAAAUACCCAGAUGGUGCUAAGAUUUUGGUUAUUUCAGUUGUUAUUUUGAUUAUAACUGUGCUAUUACAACCAAUUUAAAAUGUAUAUAUCAAUAUCAUAUGUUGGUACAAAUGCAACUAUUCAUUAAUCUGUCAUUGCUCUUUACUUUCUCGGCUAGGAGUCUUGUUGCUUUUCCAUUCAUUUCAGACUUUUAAAAAAUUUUAAAUAUGUUACUCUUAAAUUUAAAAACAUCUGAGCUCCUUUUCUUUUGUUCAGAUAUAAUGAUACAUAAAGGAAGUCAGACAGCAGAGGGUGAUGAUUGAAAAAAAUUGCACUAACUUUAUUCUGAAAUUAUUCUGAGUUAUAAAAAAAAAUGGAAAUACAGAAAUCUAUGAAGGAUUGAUAUUAUAUCUACUGAUACAUAAAGUGUUCAUUUUCCCUAUCGUAUGUGUUUGUUAACAGGAUAUGGUAUUAUUGCCAGGUAAUUUUGUUUAGUGUUACUGUAUGCACAGAAAUGUAUCAAAAGAUCAAAGUUGUGACAGUUUUUCUUAGUUGUUUCUAAGUAGAAAAGAAAUGAGGCUGACAAGCAAACACUUAACUUGAUUCCAAUAUACAUAUUAUGAACUCUCAUGACAUUCAUUUUCAUGGCGGAGCUUGAAUUAAAAAUGUGUGACAUUUUUAUGAGUUUAUUACUUUAUGAAAACUUUUUGCAAUCCUUAUGUGACUAAGAAUUUUCUAAAUAAAAAUCACAACAAUGUAUGUACUAUUUAACUGGAAAACUGGUUGAUUGAUUCUUUUUGUAUGACUAUAAAUUACUAUCAUCAAUGUAUUUAUAUCAAUAAAAUGUAUUACAAUCACUUAUUUACAGUUAUUCAAUUAAAACGGCUUAAAAAUAAAUAAAUUGUGUUAUUAAUCUCUUAUACUUAUUAAUAUUUCGCUUCUGGUGUGGCUGCUUCCUAUUACCAACUACCCUCUCUCUACUCAACAUGUUUUAUAUUAAUAGUAACCGAGUAAGAAAAUAAAGGGUGUCAAGCAGCAAGCGUCAUGUGGGACAGUCAAACUCAGGUAAAAGGUUAAAUUCUUUUGGAGGCGACUAUUAUAUUAAUCAAUAAAGAGCGGCUGGUAUGGUUUAGGACUACUGUUUAAAGAUCGGGAGGUAUGAUAUAGGAAUGGCUGUAGGUCUAUUGUUUAAUAGUUGACACAUAGGGUGUAGGGCUGUGUUUGGGCCUAUUGUUUAUAUAGUAACAGAGAAGGUAACUCUUUUUUGUAACACUUGGACCCUCUGGAUAUUUUCUUAAAAUAACCGGACCUUGGGUAAAAAUUGCAUCCAGUUAAGCCCUAGUCUUUGUUACUAUUGUUUUAGUUUCCUUCAGAACUACCAUAUUUGACACAUUUUCAAUAUUAUCCAUUUAUUGUUCACUUUUUGUCCAGUUCUGAGAUGAUGACUAACUUUUUAUUAUAAAUUCCGUAUGAAUCCUUUGGAAGAUAAAUUACAUUUAUCAUUUAGUUACUUUGUAAGUAGCACAUUUUUAUUUGUAGGAAUAUAUUCAAUUCAUUUAUGAAAAAUAAUUUUAGGCCUAUUUUAUUAUUUUUUCAUUAAAUUAAACUGCAUCCUACCUACACUAAUCUUCAUCAAUAAUGCAAAGCAACGAUGAAAGUAAUUUCAGUUCAAAUUUUUUUAAUUGGCAUUGAGAAACCCUUGUGAUGAUAAUUUUAAGAGGGUAAUGUUAACCAUAUCACCUUGUCAUAUGGCAUAAGAAAAUGUUGACAUUACUGAAACGGUUUUUCAGUGGGUAAUGGAAAUUAUGUUAGAAUAUAAAGUGAACAGUUACACAUACUUCAUUGAUUUAACAGGUAUUUAUUAUUCAUAUUGUUUUCCAAUCCAGUAUUGUCGACUGAUAUUGUAUAUAUCAGAAAUUCAACACAAAAAAAAAUUAUAAAGGAUUACUCUAUUACUAUUAUAUAGAUAUAGUUCUUCCAAUGACUUUAAUAUAUCACAACAACCGCUAAGCACAAAUAUUCAAAUCAUUUUAUGUAAAUUUAACACUGUAAAACUAAAACCUAAUAUUAACAACAUAAUAUGAAUUAGUGUGUCAGUGUUUCAAAGAACAUUAACAGAAAAUAUCAGCUUU